CGCACAGAGCCGAACAUCCAAUGGGUCAAUCUCAGCGAGUUUACCCAAUGACUGGAUUCUGUAUGCAGCUACAACUCACGGACUGAGUUUUUUCUCGCUGCUACUCACGCUCGACAGACAGCUACGAGUUACUUGGAGAGCUGCUUUUAUCACAACAAAACCAAAAAAGAAGCGCAAAACAGACGCGGCGAUGACAGCCGAGUUUAUUCCUCUUCGAAAUCACUGAGAACCGCAUCCUCCUGCGCUGCAUCCAAUCGUUCACCCUUCUGGGAUGAGGCUAAGGUGUUACAGGAUGAAUUCCGCUUUCAUAGCAGUGUUACUUGGAGUGGUUGGGGCUCUGGCCAAUAAAGAGGACUGCUUGUCGGGCCAGUAUACAACCAGUGGGGAAUGCUGCAGGCAGUGUCAGCCCGGAGAGGGUGUCAUCAGUCCAUGUGGACUCAAACAGACUGAGUGCUCCCCUUGCCUUGACAGUGAAACUUUCUCAGAAAACUUCAGUCACACAGAGAAAUGUCAGCCCUGCACACAAUGCACAGGCCUACUUCGCAUGGAGACACCCUGCACAGACUCCAAUGACGCCACCUGUGUGUGCAACUACGGCUACUACCUGAACGAAACCACUCAGCAAUGUCAAAGUUGCACCAGAUGUCCUCAAGGCCAGGGCAUGCUGCUCAGCUGUGAGCUUGACCAUGACACCAUGUGCGAGGACUGCACCACGGACACGUACUCCGACCAGGAAAGUUCUCGAGAGCCCUGCAUCCCUUGCUCCACCUGUGAUGACGGGGAGAUAUUGGAGGCCUGCACGCCUGUCAGUGAUACAGUUUGUCUAGUUGUGAAGGGCACAGAUGAUGUGCCUCCCACGCCCCUUAUAGGUUCCCCCACGCCCAUUGACGACUUUCCACCAGACAGCCCACCACCAGGGGGCCCUGCAGACAGCACCACCACCAGCACCACCACUAAUGGUGAUUCCCAGGAGCGACUCUACCAGGGUCUGAACGACAAACUCAUCCCCAUCUACUGUUCCAUCCUGGCAGCUGUCGUGGUGGGCCUCGUAGCCUUCAUCAUCUUCAAGAGGUGGAACAGCUGUAAGCAGAACAAGCAAGGUGCCAACAACUGCACAGCCAACCAGAACCAGACGCCAUCACCUGAGGGGGAGAAGCUGCACAGUGACAGUGGCAUUUCUGUGGACAGCCAAAGUCUGCAGGAGCAGCAGGGCCAGACUCAGGCACAUACAGUUGUCACCAUGGAUGAAGAACCAUGUUUGCUCCUGCCUCUUCACACCAGAGAGAAAGUGGAGAAGCUGCUGUUCAGGAGCAGCGAAGGAGACAACUGCGACAACAUGGACGACAGCGACUGGUGCAACCUGGCGGGUCUCCUGGGAUACGAGGAGGAACGGAUUGCAACCUUCCGGCAGGAAGAGCAUCCUGUCCGCGCACUCCUGUCUGACUGGGCGAGCAAGGACUGCGCCAGCAUCGACACACUGUGCACGGCACUGCGCAAGAUCAACCGUGACGACAUCGCCCAGAGUCUGGUGCUCAGCCCAAGUGCUGCAAAGCCGACUGCCACUUCUGUAGUGUGAUCUAAGCUUAACAGAGAGCAAACCACCUGAAGCUUAACCUUAAUAUUCUUCCAUGGGCUCCCUCAAUCCACAUAAUUCAUGCUAAAACCGCUUUAAGCUAUUCCCUCAUGAAGCCAGCAGUCACAAUGAUGAUCAAAUGCCGUGAAUCCUGAUGAAGAUGCCAGAAAUCAGACAAAAACUGAAUGAAUAUCAGCGUACUGAAUCAAAUCAAGGCAAAAGAAGCCAAAACUCUCCACUUAGCCAUCAGGAAGUGCUUGUAAUCAGUCAUUCUAACAUUUUAAAAUCCACACAAUGUAAAACCAAUGUGGAAGGAAAUCUGUAAUCAUUCCAUUAUGAGCCUGGAAUAUCCACCUGCCUUUGCACACUAUUUGACAUCCAGCUGACCGUUUCAUCCAACAUUAUUAAUCAUGGAGCAGCAGUGGGCUUUGAACUGAAAUUAAUGGGGAUACCUGACUCUUGAUUCUCUGCAUCUUUAUCCUUCAUUCUUAAACAAGAGUAGUCAGCGUGGCCCUUACCUAUAGCCUUCAUAAACCAGUGUUGUACCUCUAAAUGUUACUUUUCAAAUCUAUGCUACCAAAGAGGAGUAAAUGUCUCCAGACCAUACCUGACAAGCAACAUUAUUUACAUGCCAUGUUAGACUCUCUGAAUUUAAGUUGACAAAUGGCUUGUGUCUGUUACUGCUACUGGAUGAGGCCUGCAUACCGCAGCGUGUCUGGAUCUUUGCAAAGUUGACAGUAUGAGGAAAGAUGCUUGGACGCAUUUCAAAGGAACCUGUUCUUCUUCAGCAGAAACGAAAGCCAAGUCCAGCUAUUUACUCUUAUUUUAAAUACUUGUGUUAGAUUUAAGUCCUGGAGCUGCAGCAUAUGUGGAAUUAAUCUCAACUUUAUCUUUGUCUUAAAUCAUUUCUGCAGACUCCCUCUUUUUUUUCCCAACAAGUUUUAUAAGACCUGCUUACUGGACUUUGCCAACCAUGGUCUUUGGGUCAGGUCAUUGACCAAGGCCACAUGAGACUCCAGUCUAUGUGCUCAGGCCUUUCAGUGUAACACAGGAGCUCCUACACAGACUCCUUCAUACAGACCUAGAAAGGGGAUGGAUGUGGGGCUAAAAACUCAAGUCACCCAACCAUGUAUACUGUAUGUACAUAAGAACACUAGUGAACUCACUCAGUAGAGAUAUAGACAUACUGUACAUACGUACAGUACACACAUAGACCUACGGUAUGUAGCCAUGCAUGCAUGUACUAUACACACACACAGAUCAUGUAUGUAUUUACAUUCUUGUUUAAUCUAGAAGACACGGAAAACUUCAGAUCCUGCCGUAUACUGUAUCGAGCACUCUCAUGAGGGGACCAUAUACUGUUUAAUCUCACUAUUUAGUAGAAAAUAUAAGGUAACUCUGUGUCUUAAAAGUAUGUCUGAAAAUAUAUAAUUUGCAACAUGUGCUAUAGAUGGUGAAAUGCAUGGAACUAGCACCUCAGUGUCAGCCAGUGCACAAAUUCCAAGACAAAACAAAUGCACAUAUAGUACAAAAUGAUCAGGAUGCAAAACAAAAAUCCAGGGUUUUCUAUCUUCUUUGCUUCAUUUCUCAGGGUAUCUUCAAUCAAUACUACACUUAAUAUUGCACCCUCCAUAAUUAACUGAACAAUCUGUAAUUGUUCAAGAGGAGACACUGUGUUUAUCCAAAGCAGUGAUUCUUGCGACUGACAAUCCUUCAAAGAGGUGAAUAAGAGAGGGAAACGGGCCAGAGAAAAAAGAAAAAGGGUGUCUUGUUUCCUCAUUGUUUGCAACAAUGACUUCUGGAUAAAAGACAAGUCAGCAGAGAUAUAAGUCAAAGGAUGUGGGAUGAAUUCAGGCCAAGGGAAAGCGGAAAAGUUUUAAAUUACUGAAAUGUAAAGGUGAAACCCAGGAAUCUGCACUUGCAUUAAUCAGCUUCUUUAGGUAUAAGCACGCAUCCCUCUCAUGUUGGUAAUAUGUGCUCUUUACUUUGCACCUGUUUGUGCUUUUUUUACUUUGUAUUGCGUUGCACCUACUAGGUUAGAAUUUGUCAAAGCCUACUUCAACAUUGGACUUGUGACAUGAUUAUUGUGCUGCCACCCGGGGACCCCUGGGACCUACUUUUUUUUUUCCCUUGUUGUUUACUGACUGUUUUAGGGAAAAUGUGAAGGAGCAAACAAUUUACCAAUGUGCUAAACUUACCUAUAUCACCAAAUUCAUCUGUCACUCUUGGGUACAGAUUGUACAUUGUUACUAACCAAUAGCAUAAAGAACUUCAUGUUGUAGUGUUACUUUAAAUGAAGGUAUUCUCGCUCUACUUUCUAAGGGUUGUUGUAUUUUAAUUUCCAAAUAACACUUGUGAAUGGUUUUAUGUUUCUCUUAUUGUUCUAGAUCGUAGCACUUAAAUGUGUAAUUAUGUCUGUUUUGCAUCACAAGUGCCUGGGAACUGUUUCAGGUGUCCGCUGAUGUUGUACAUUUUUUGUUAUUAGCUGUUUUUGUAAGUAUACCCUCCUUAGUUGUUGUAGUUUUUUUUUUUAAACUUGUAAAUAAUUUGUAAUUUUCUAGUUUUUAUUUUAGUUAAAGCCUGGAAGGCGCCACUGUACAAUAUGUGAAUGGGUCUUUGUUACAAUAUCAGUGCUGUCCUAGUUUAAAACAAAGGGCAAAGUGAGGUAUUUGGUGCAAUUUACAGGUUAUUUACCAUCAGGUGUAUUAAGGUAGUGUGUCAUUAAGAUUGAACAUGAAUAGGGAACAUUAAUUCUAAAUUCCUUUAAGAAUAAUCAGACCUGGACAGACUCUAAUCUGCCAUUUAGCAAAACAACACUUGAGAAGAGAAAUAAGCUUAUUUACUUUUUCGCUGAGAGCUUAAUGAGAAGAUAGACACUGUCUCAGUUCCACAUUGGUUUUAUGACACCUAAGAAGAUGAUUUUGGUUUAAUGGUUGUGUUCAACAUUAUCCAUCGCCUUUGUCCAUUCUACUACAGCUUAGUCAACACUACAUUAUGUCUUCAGAGUUUGUCCUCCUGUCAGAAACUGGGACUGAAGAUGGAGGCUUUUCCUUGGACAGUAUUUCUUUAGUUUAAUAGACAUUAUAGAUUUAAUUUAAUAACAAAUGCCAGAAAUUGAAUUGCUUGUACAGUAAACCCAACUGAAGGUGAACAUGUCAUGAUAUUGCACUUGAGAGUAACAAAGUAAUCGUGCAGAUGGUGGUGGAAGGUUGGAGAUGAGGGACUAAAAGACGGGAGGAUAAGGUUUAAAAAAAAAAAAAAAAAAGCCCUGGUAACGUAGCUCAUGGUGACAAGACUGACAGUGUG